GAUUUGCUAGCGUUGUCGUGUACGUGUUUUCAACGAGUAAGGACCGUUUUUCUCCCGUGUGGAUGGAGGCGAGUCCGUAGAAAUUUCCUACAUCUUUUUCAUCGAGGGAUAACUAUACUGAAUAGGCACCUAUACGAACUGACCUAGUGAUUAAAAUAGUGACAAAAUAGUGGAUAAGCGAUCAAAAUGGGAAUUAAAUUUUUAGAGGUAAUCAAACCUUUCUGCAGUAUUCUGCCGGAGAUCGCGAAACCCGAACGAAAGAUCCAAUUCCGCGAGAAGGUACUAUGGACAGCCAUCACGCUGUUCAUUUUCCUGGUGUGCUGUCAGAUCCCACUGUUCGGCAUCAUGAGCUCCGAUUCGGCCGAUCCCUUCUACUGGAUCCGUGUCAUCCUGGCUUCGAAUCGAGGAACGUUGAUGGAACUGGGUAUCUCGCCAAUCGUCACGUCUGGUUUGAUCAUGCAACUGCUGGCCGGUGCAAAGAUUAUCGAAGUUGGUGACACCCCGAAGGACCGAGCUUUGUUCAACGGAGCGCAGAAAUUGUUCGGAAUGGUCAUCACCAUCGGACAGGCCAUCGUCUACGUUAUGACCGGAAUGUAUGGUGACCCAUCUGAGAUCGGAGCUGGUGUUUGCCUGUUGAUCAUCAUCCAGUUGUUCGUGGCUGGUUUGAUUGUCUUGCUUUUGGAUGAACUGCUGCAGAAGGGAUAUGGCCUGGGAUCCGGAAUUUCACUUUUCAUUGCCACUAACAUUUGCGAAACUAUCGUGUGGAAGGCUUUCUCUCCAGCUACUGUAAACACUGGACGAGGAACUGAAUUCGAAGGAGCCGUCAUUGCACUCUUCCAUUUGCUGGCCACUCGUCAGGAUAAGGUUCGUGGUCUACGUGAAGCAUUCUACCGUCAGAACCUACCGAAUCUUAUGAACUUGCUGGCUACGGUUCUCGUGUUUGCAGUAGUAAUAUACUUCCAAGGAUUCCGCGUUGAUCUUCCAAUCAAAUCUGCCCGUUAUCGUGGCCAGUACAGCAGCUACCCAAUCAAGCUGUUCUAUACCUCGAACAUCCCGAUUAUUCUGCAAUCUGCUCUCGUUUCUAACCUGUACGUCAUCUCGCAAAUGUUGGCGGUCAAGUUCCACGGAAAUUUCCUGAUCAACCUUCUCGGAGUGUGGGCUGAUGUUGGUGGUGGCGGCCCAGCUCGAUCGUACCCAAUUGGUGGCCUGUGCUAUUACCUUUCGCCACCCGAAUCGCUGGGACACAUCGUUGCUGAUCCAAUCCACGCCAUCCUGUACAUCGUCUUCAUGUUGGGCUCUUGCGCUUUCUUCUCCAAGACCUGGAUUGACGUGUCUGGUAGCUCCGCUAAGGAUGUUGCUAAGCAGCUGCGUGAACAGCAGAUGAUCAUGCGCGGUCAUCGUGAGAACUCCAUGAUUCACGAGCUGAACCGAUAUAUCCCAACAGCGGCUGCUUUUGGUGGUCUCUGUAUUGGAGCCCUAUCAGUGAUAGCCGAUUUCAUGGGUGCGAUCGGUUCCGGAACCGGUAUCUUGCUGGCAGUCACCAUCAUCUACCAGUACUUCGAGAUCUUCGUCAAGGAGCAAAGCGAAAUGGGGGGAAUGGGUACUUUGCUGUUCUAAUUUAUUUGUUUAACGUGUUUUCUUCAUGCUUAAGUUAAGCACAUUCUCUGUGACGUGAGAGAGCGAGACGCAAUGUGGUCAGGUGAAAUCACUACAAUUUACGGAACGCGAAGCUAUCCUUCCGAACACAAGCAAGGGAAGAUCAGACAAAAGUAAAUUGUAACUGAUUUUAAGAAUGCUAAGACAAGAUCAAAUUACAAUUUGAAACCUUGAGACAGACAAUGGGCGCGUUUUUGCACGUUUAGUUUAGUAAUUAUUGUGAGAAGACUUCAAACUAAAAACUGAAAUUAUCAUUUAUGUUGUAAUUUUAUUUCAUUCCUUAUCGAGUAGAAACAAAAAAACGCAGAUAACGAAUGCAAACACGCUAUAGUAGCGCGAAGGAUGUCAAUAAAAAUGUGUAGAAUAUGGAAAACAAA